AUGGUCGCUCAAGACCGCAGAAGGUCCUCCAAUGGAGGCAACCAGCCACAACGGCGCCGGUCGCCGGACAACAGAAGCGACUCACGAUCUUUAACCGGCCGCGUGGGCCGAGACGGCCGCAGCAGCCGCAUCUACAUUGAUGAGGAGGAGGAUUCAGACAAAGACACAGAAGAAAUGCCAGAACUGGUCGAGAAGGUUUCAUACUCGUCGUUUUACUUGGAAAAAGACAAUGAGAAUGACAAGAUUCUUCCGGCGUCACUCACGGACGACUGGGAGGAGAAGAUUGGCCGUCUGUCGAGGGCAGAGACCCUCGCGGAAAGGAGCAGCCGCGGAUCAGGAACCGUGGUUGUCGUCGGCCCCAACGUCAGGACACCCCCGAGGAGGCGGAGGUGCAGCCCCGGCGCGGAAUCCUCGUCGUCGUCGUCGUCCGGUUGCUCAAACUGCGGGCACGGCGGCCGGUCCAAGCUGGCGAACGGCAUGGAGGCGCCGGUGAUACCUAGCCGCAUGUCUUCGCUCCAGCGCAGGUCUCCGACUGGGCGAAAGUCCCAACUUCGACGCAAGUCUCCCAUCCAACGCAAGUCCUCCCUUCAACGGAAGACUUCGUUCCAACGGCACGGGUCCUUGAGGCUUACACCACGGAUCCAGCCAAUGUCACCCACGGAAGUGGCGGUAUCUGAACGGAUCGCAUACCCAAUGUCUUUGAAGACGGUUUCCUCACAUUCUAUUUCCGAGAUCCACGUGCGCCACUCACCACCACGCGUGGGAAAGUUCUCAGACAUUCAUUCCGACACGGCGUCCAUGAUCUCGUCCUUCUUUACUCCAGAGCUGAGGCAUCUGGCCAGUCAGUCGUCACUCCGGAGCUCCAGGGCGAUUCUGGUAAACCCAGAGCCCGCGUCCACGCCCAUCACUGAGCAGCGCCAUCCGGGCAAGGCCGGCGCGAAGAUCAGCCGCUUUACCAGGCCCUACGAGCCCGACAUCGCCGAGGAGGAUGCUGAGGAUUGUACUCGUCAGGUCAGGCGAUCGGAGGCGCUGAAGGUGCAGCAGCGCAUUUCUGUUGUUCUGGCAGCGGAAGAGUCCGAGGAAGGGCAAUGGACGCGUGGGUUGUCGUUGGUCUUGCUUAUGGUUGGAAUCUGCAUCGCAGUGUUUCUGAUCUCAAUCGACAGGACGAUUCUUUCGACGGCCAUUCCUUACAUCACUGCAGAGUUCCAGUCUACAGCGGACAUCGGAUGGUAUGGUUCGGCCUAUUUGCUCACGGCCUGUGCUUUCCAGCCCGUCUUUGGAAGAGUCUUUACUCUCUUCUCGAUCAAGUGGUCGUAUCUGCUCGCCAUUUUCAUCUUCGUGAUUGGUUCGCUCAUUUGCGCGGUUGCCCCGAAUUCCACCGUACUUAUCGUCGGAUGUGCCGUGGCUGGGUUCGCCAGCGCCGGCAUUCUCACCGGUAGCUUUGUUGUCGUCGCAACGGCGGCUCCUCCGAAACUGCGCCCGAUAUAUACGGCAGUUGUGGGUCUCGUGUUCGGCUUGGGAGCCACCGUCGGCCCUCUUCUUGGUGGUGUCUUUACCGAUCUUGUCACCUGGAGGUGGUGCUUUUACAUGAACAUUCCUCUCGCGCUGGUCACCAUGGCCCUGUUCCUCCUAUUCUUUCAUCACAAACAGUCCACCCGCUCCAGCCAAACGAUCGGUGAUAGAAUCCUGGAUCUUGAUCUGGUUGGCAACGUGUUCCUUCUCAGCGCCUGCGUGUUGCUAUUCCUGGCCCUAGAGUACGCAAGUGAAGGCGAGGCGUGGUCAAGCAAGAAGAUCAUCGGCCUCCUGUCAGGCGCUGGUGCGACGACCGUGGUAUUUGCGGCCUGGCAGUGGUGGAAGCAAGACAGCGCCCUGAUCCCGCCGGCCAUCAUCACCCAGAGGACUGUGGCGGCGUCCUGCGUCGCAGCCUUUGCGACGUAUGGGGCCAUGCUCAUUCAUUCCUAUUUCCUGCCCAUCUGGUUCCAGGCCAUCCGCGGUGAUGAUGCCAUCUCCUCUGGAGUGGACAUGAUUCCCUACAUGGCCACUAUGGCGUUCUUCUCGCUCCUCGCCGGUAUCUUCGUCACGGUCUGGGGCUACUUUGUGCCGCCGGCCAUCAUUGGUGGUCUUGUUGGCACAGCCGGUUGUGCCCUCCUCCUGCUGCUUACUCCAGACACGCCGGCUUCACACUUGAUGGGGUUCGAGAUCCUCGUGGCGGCAGGCCUUGGCAUGGCGACUCAGCAAGGCUUCACCGCUGUGCAGACAGUGCUCCCAGAGGAAGAGGUUCCCAUCGCCAUUGCUGCCGUGGUAGCGUCUCAGUCUCUGGGAGGCGCCAUCUUCAUCUCUGUCGGCAACACUUUGUUCCAAAGCCGGUUCAUGCAGGCGUCAAUGACCAAUAUGGUUUCCGGAGUCAACAUGCGCAUGGUUCUUGAGACUGGCGCCACGGCUUUCCGUACAGCGGUCCCGGAUAGCGCAUUGCCGCAGAUUCUGGACUUGUAUAACGAUGCUUUGAAGGCGACAUUUACGGCGGCCAUUCCUUUGGCUGCUCUAGCUGCUAUUGCAGCAUGUUUUAUGGAGUGGAAGUCGGUGAAGGGAAAGAAGACUUUGUAA